GAACAGUUAACAGCGUUUGCCGGCUUAAGCGCGUAGUCUAUAGCUGGACCACUCGCACUCACAUAGAGCAUUUGGUCGUGUAUUUGCAAAAAUCACCAGUCAACAACUCGACGUCAAACAAUAAAAGCGAAAAGAAAAAAACGGUUUGAUAAUAGCACAAAGAAUAAGAAGAUCGGUGGAAAAGGCGAACGAAUGAGUGGAAAAGCAACAGCAAUGAAAAAUCAAAUUGAUGCCUGAUUGCUUGGUGUCUGUCUGACUUUCAUUUAUUUAAAUAAUUGGAAAAUUUGUGUGUUUUUUACGUGUGGAUUUGAAAUAAUAAUAAUUCCAAGAAUUCUGUGGGAAGUUGUGUACAAUUGAGAAACUCUGGUGGAGCACAACGGUCGCGAGACGCAGUGAUUCUUUGUUAAGGUCACUCGCUUUGCACGGCCCCUUUGAUCUCAACUCAUAACUUUAAUACACGGUACGAGCGUAUUUUCUGCAAAUCCUAAUAAAACUUUAGAAGUUUUCGUUGAGAAAUGUCUUCAACAUCGGCGGCCAGUGGUAGUGGUGGUACAAGUGGUGGCAGUUCUACUACCUCUGCCUCUCCCCCCGCUACUGGAAACAGCAUGAACUCUAGUACCGCAAGGGGCCGAACUAGUAACUCAUCAGGUGCCAACGCAAAUAAUUCAGGUGCCGGCAGCUCCAACGCUAUUUCAAAUAAUUCUGUAAAUGCCACUGCCUCCUCUGCGGCUGGUUCCGGGACUGCGGAAGAGACUCGCAAAGAUCCAAAACCAAAUCCAAAAAUUUCCAAAGCUUUGGGUACCUCAGCUAAACGCAUACAAAAGGAGUUAGCCGAAAUUACACUUGAUCCACCUCCGAAUUGCAGUGCCGGUCCAAAAGGAGAUAAUCUUUACGAAUGGGUAUCUACGAUAUUAGGGCCGCCUGGCUCUGUAUAUGAGGGUGGGGUGUUUUUCUUGGAUAUUCAUUUCUCACCAGAAUAUCCCUUCAAGCCACCAAAAGUGACAUUUCGCACGCGCAUUUAUCACUGCAACAUAAACAGUCAAGGAGUAAUUUGCUUGGAUAUUUUAAAAGAUAAUUGGUCCCCUGCGCUGACCAUAUCAAAAGUAUUGUUGUCAAUUUGUUCCCUCCUGACUGACUGUAAUCCCGCGGAUCCUUUGGUCGGCAGCAUCGCCACUCAAUAUUUGCAAAAUCGGGAGGAGCAUGAUAGAAUCGCCCGACUUUGGACAAAAAGGUUUGCCCAAUAACCGGGCAACAAAUGUUCAAUGUAAAUUUAAUUUAACCUGCUUUUUUACAGAUAUGCAACAUGAUUUCCUAAUCUUAUAGGUCCCAACAAUAACAAAAAAAAUUUGUAACAGCAGCAAAUGUAAGAAAUACAAAAAUGUAUAUUUACAAAAAAAAAAAUAAGAUUUUCUGAAACGAAUAAUUGCAAAUAUCAAGAAAAUAAAUGAUAAUUGAAAAUUUUUAAUUUUAAAGGGAAGUUAUCUUCUAACUAUGUAUAACUCUAUAUAAUAUAUAUAUUAGUAAUUAAUGAUAAAAAUAAUGCCUAAUACAAAAAAGGAAAAUUAAGCAGAUAUUGAGCAGGAAUUGGUGACAGUUUUGUAGGAUGGUUACUAUAUAAUAACAAGUUUAAAUAAUAGUACAUUUUAUCACUGGCGAUGCUUCCUAUAAUGGCGACCACGAAAAUGAAUGAAAACAUACGAAUGUGUAAUAUUGACACCAUGGACAAAAACUACAAUAUUUUGUUAACAUUUUCGGAAAAUAAUCGUACGUCGAAAUUUAAAAUGUUUUCUUUAUUUUUUGCAAUUCUGUAGUUCAUUAUGUAAUAAAAAAAAUGUUUACAUUUUCAGCCACCAUUAUUAUUUUUUAUCAAAUGAGUUCUGCAAAAAUAACACGAUUAUUUCAGGCAAAGAAGUAGUUCAGAUGUCAGCUUAGUUCGUACAUAUGUAAAUUGUGUUUCCCUUUCUUUUAUGUGUGAAAAAUUAAGCAGCCAGCAUACAUACGAGUACACACCGUAAUUUCAACUUUUGAAUAAGAAAUAAAUAAACCAAAUCUACUGAUGAUAUGUCAACAUAAAACAAUGCUUAAUAUAUUAUAAUAUUAUUAUAAUUUAUAGCACUAUGAUUAAUUGAACAGCAAAGAAAUUGUAAAACGAAACGAAAAUAAAUUUAAUUAAAGUAAGA